GUUUCUGUGAGCAUCACCAUGUCAACGCCUACUGACCUCUUAGAGGCCGUUCAUUUUAUUUUUGUAGCUGCACCAUGGCCAGUUUACAGGAACGACCUCUGCUGCCUUUGAGAGGUGGAUUUCUUAACUUGGCUGUUGUAAAUUAUGAUACAAUAAACAUGAGUCUGCAAGCAUCUCCAUGAUGCAGCCAGCUUUUUCCUGCCUUCUUCACCUCCCGGGAUGACUAGUGCUUGAGAACCCAGUCCUGAAUGGUUUACUAAGUGCACUCCCUUUUCUGAGAACAGGAAGUCAAAAGGUGAGUGCCAGAGCCACCUGCUGCUUCUCCUUUGCAUAGGUUCAAGAGGAGCCUGGACGUGCUCUUUGGCCGUCUUGUGAACAUCCGCAAAUACACUCUGGAAGGUAAGAAGGCAAGGACUGUGGUGUUAAUUUUUUGUCUACAUAGAACCAAACCAGCCUUCAGUCCACAGACUCGUAAGGUUGGAGAAAUCUCCCCCAAGCAGCCAAGAAGUUAGGAAAGCGAGCCCACCCACCUCCUCUGCUGGGCAGGGCUGGAUGGUCCCCACCUGCGAAGAUGAUUUCAUGGAGGAAGCUCUGUUGGCGUUAUCAUGUGUGGACCCUGGGCUGCUACAUGCUGCUGGCUGUCGUUGCCCUGAAACUGUCCCUCAGACUGAGAUGUGACUUCGAUGUCAUGGAUCUGGACUCGAAGGAAUUUCGAAGCCGGCACUGCAGGGAUUUCCUGUACAAGACCCUGAAGCUGCCAGCAAACAGGUCCGUCAACUGUUCCGGGGUCACCCGAGGGGAACAUGAAGCAGUGAUCCAGGCACUGCUGAAUAACCUGGAGACUAAGAAGAAUCGACAACCCCUCACAGAGGCUGACUACCUUAGCAUGACAGCAGACUGUGAACAAUUCAAGACUAAAAGGAAAUUCAUACAGUUCCCGCUGAGCAAAGAAGAGGUCGACUUCCCCAUUGCGUAUUCCAUGGUGGUUCAUGAGAAGAUUGAGAACUUUGAAAGGCUGCUGCGAGCUGUGUACACCCCUCAGAACAUAUACUGUGUCCAUGUGGACCAGAAGUCCCCAGAUACUUUCAAGCAGGCAGUCAGGGCCAUUGCAUCAUGCUUCCCAAAUGUCUUCAUAGCUAGUAAGCUGGUGUCAGUGGUCUAUGCUUCCUGGUCCAGGGUGCAGGCUGACCUGAACUGCAUGGAAGACUUGCUCCAGAGCUCUGUGCCAUGGAAAUACCUCCUGAACACCUGUGGGACAGACUUUCCCAUCAAGACCAAUGCUGAGAUGGUCCAGGCCCUCAAGCUAUUGAAUGGGCAGAACAGCAUGGAGUCAGAGGUACCCCCUGCACACAAAACGUCCCGCUGGAGAUAUCAUUAUGAGGUGAGAGACACAUUGCACAUAACCAGCGAGAAGAAGACCCCUCCACCUAACAACAUAACCAUGUUCACGGGGAAUGCCUACAUGGUGGCCUCUCGAAACUUCAUUGAACAUGUAUUAAGCAACUCCAAAGCCCAACAACUAAUCGAAUGGGUAAAAGACACCUAUAGUCCUGAUGAGCACCUUUGGGCCACCCUCCAGCGUGCCUCAUGGAUGCCUGGAUCGGCUCCCUUGCACCCCAAAUUUGACCUCUCAGACAUGAGAUCUAUUGCAAGGCUAACCAAGUGGCAGGGCCAUGAGGGAGACAUUGAGCGUGGGGCGCCUUACACCCCUUGCUCAGGAAUCCACCAGCGGGCUGUCUGUAUUUAUGGGUCUGGGGACCUGCACUGGAUCCUUCAGAACCAUCACCUCUUGGCCAACAAGUUUGACCCAAAGGUGGAUGAUAAUGUUCUUCAGUGUUUAGAAGAAUAUUUACGUCACAAAGCCAUCUACGGGACUGAACUGUGAGACACACUGCAAGACAAUUGCUACUUGCAUGGCAGGAAAAUGCCAGGACUUACUGGGGCCACGUGGGGUGGGCCUGGGGCUCUGGACUCCAUGUGUCCCUAGGAUGAGGGGGCUGCUACUGGAGCAUGGGUAAGUAGAUCUCUGCUCCCCGUGAGCUACUGCUGGUGAAUGUGGCUAUUCCCCAGUUCUCUCCCCAAGAGCCCCUCUUUGGCUUCCUCACAGAGCUAGAGCAAGAACUGUUACUUAGGAGAAGAAGGUAAAAACACGUGACCAGGGACUCUAGAGUUUGGCUGAAGGUUUUCUUACGGGUUCUCUACAGAGACUCUGUUUUAAAUAUUCCUGGGGUUGAUCAUAGGAGGGGAACUUUAGUGGAAAGAACCCUCCCCUUUUGUACUGUUAAUUUAAAAUAAAUAGCUUCCAAACCAAA